AACCUCGGAUAUGUAGUUAGUUGGUUUUCGACAACGGAGGGAGUCAGCUGAACUCGUGGAGAAAGCUUGAGCUAAAAACCGAGGGCGUGAACCAUGGCCAUGCACCACCGUGGACCGAUCUAACGCUGAAGGAACGAGGUUGUAUUUUGGAGUGGGUACCAGCGUUGGCACAGACGCGAACCAGCAUUGAAGGGGACUCUACUCCAAGGGCCUUUCUCUCGGCCUCAGUUUUCACUUCAGCUCCCUCCGAAGCACAUAAGCCCAAGUCAACGGACGCGAAGUGGUCGUCGUCGUCGUCGUCAAAGUCGUGGAAGAAGGAGAAGUAGAGCUCAAUAACAGACGAAGAAAACAAGCCAAGGAAAUGAUUUUAGGUUUCUGGGGGUGGGUGCUUUCAUGUGGGCCGCGCAAAAAUAUCCCUCCCCAAAGGGAUCUGUGAAUUUAUGGAAUGACAACAACUCGUGAUUUCGGCCGGAACAAGUACGACAAAAACAGGACGACAAGUACAUCCCAGAGAGUAAAAGCCCAUCUAUCAUGGAGCGGCGGUGUGGAACAUUGUGCUCCAUUUUUUGGACCGUGUUGAUUCAAAGUGUCAAGUGCCAGUUCCACGAUCCAGCUCAAAUUCAGCCAGGAUGCGAAUUCCCGGACAAGUGGGAGGGCGGAUGGUUCCUAAUCAACGAGAGGGAUCCCCUUAUGGUCUCGAAAGAUGAAUUGGGAAUCCUGGGCAUUUGCUUCCAAGCCGUGGAGAGUGCCAACGAUCAACAGCAAUUCAUCCUCUUCGAAAGGAUUCAGAAAUGCUACCGAUGCAUAACAAUUCAGGAGCGCCACGAGAAUGUGCUCCAAUUCCGAAUGAGCACUUGCGAGCCCCCCAGUCAAGUGCUCUCCGAGCCCGAAGUGGAUCCUCAGAAGUUGUGCCAAAUGAUCCCUCCAGAUGAGCCAUUCAGUACCUUGGUCCGCCUUUCCGGGGAGGACUCACCUUGUCCAUUUGACGGGGAAUACUCCUUCACCUAUUCCAUGGGUCAACAACAAUGCCAACAGAAAUCUCGCUCUCAACUGACGUCUUGUAUGACUUCAGACCAAGUUGCUUUCAAAUUCCUUCCAUGCCACGGGGGACCCGGAAUGGGUCAAGACCCAUCUGCUGCGUGGAACCAAAUGGAAAGCAACGUGUCAAUUUCGAAGGUGGAAACGCUGACUUGCAAAGGCCAUUGGAGUGAGGACGAGCGGACCUUCUUUCUCAUUGGGAUCUUGGAUAUUCCGUAUGUUACCAAACUGAGCGAACGGAUUCGCUGCUUUAUCUACCGCCAAUCUCCCAACGGAGCCAUCCAAAUGGGCCAAAGUGGAGACGCCUCAUGUCAAGGCCUCCAUAGGGUGCGAGAUGGAGUCAGAACCAUGGCCAUGAAGCGAGUGAUUCCACCCACCGACCGAUCCGAGUGCCAAUUCCCAGAUUGGGCCAGCACCGUGGGAUCCUUUCACAGCUUUUCGUUCAGCUCACAAUAUGAGUUCACGGAAGACCGCACCACGAUGAUUAUGUCCAACUACUCGUACAUCUUACAAGAGGCUCAUCAGAUCUCUAAAACGGCAUGUGUCGAGAUCGUGGAGACACCCACCAGCAUUGAUGAGCUCAAUGGUGGUGUUGGUAAUAAUCAUAAUAAUCGGAAUGCCUUUCGCCAGUCCCAAGUCUCGGAUGGUCAAACCGAGACGGAAAAGUUCCUCGACGAGCCCGAAGCCCACUCCGACUACGUGAAAAUGGUCACCAAGGUCACUGCGGGAUGUGAAACCAUGUUCAAAUGCAUGAGCUUGUACAAGCGCUCGGAAAACAUCCUGGAGAUCCAAGAGGGCCGAUUGACUCGAACCCUGCCCGAAGCUUGCACUUACCACAACAUGAACGAAGAGAUGCUCUCAUUCACCAUGCUCAUCCGAACCGAGGCUGAGAACGUGCCUUGCACAGCCGACGGCUAUCACAACGUGACCAGUCUGGACUUGAAAGGUCAAACGGAUCCCUGUGGAAGUCGGGCGGGUUUCCGAGAAGUGCUGAUCCAGUGUGGCGAGAGCAACGAAGAGAUCGAGUUCAUCAGAGAUUGCGAUGGUCAGGAGAAGAACUCGGUGUUCCAUUGCUUGGGUGGAUGGGAAGAGGAGAUCCCCUAUGAAAGCCUACCUAACUCGAACCCAACCGCGGGUUCCAAUGUGUUCAAUCCAUUUCCUCGGUCCUCAGAAUUCAAGCCGUAUGGAGGUUUCAAGUCCAUGAUUUCCGACUACGAGUUUGACGAGGAAUUACCUGAUAAUGUCACGUUGGGUUAUAUGGUGGCUCGACCACAAAUCGAGGACUCGAAUUCGCCCAAACGAGUGUGCUUCAUCUACACGUAUUACAACGACACCUACUUUUGGACGGUCGAUACAACCACGUGCCUCCGGAAUAUUCGCCCGGGAGAAGUGGGCAAGUUCCGCUUCAACACGACCAAAAUUGAAUCAUGCAAUGCUCUCUCCGUCUUAUUUGAGAAUUCCCCUCUGAUUUUGGCCGCUCUGGUGAUGGUCGUGCUUCAAGUAAACCAACCUUGGGAUUGACGAGGUUGUGCCAACCCCAAAGAGAAGGUUCCGAACUUCCCCACUGGUAAAAAGACGGGAAUGCAGAGAACAACAGAAAUCGAGGUUUUCAAUUCCAAGGUCUCUUUCUAUUUUGAAUGUUGUAGUUUUAAAUUGUUCAGACAUUUCUGCUCAUGUGAUAUGUAAGAUACCAAUCUGCUUGCACAUAACUUGUGAUACUCAUCAUUACGUUUGAAAAAAGAAGAAGUUGAGAACCUGUUCCGUAUUAUUCCACGCCAAAGCUGAUGACGUGGGCGGUUGUUGUUACAGCGAAAACAUGAGCCGGUCCAUUAUUAUAUCUUAGAUGAUUUAUCUGCGAUUGAGAAUUCUUUGAACAUGUAACAUUAGCCUCUUGAAAUAAAACAGAUAAACAAA